GGAGGGACAUUUUUUCCCGCCCCCGUGCCAUGCUCAUUUUCUUCUGAGGUGGCCAAAUAAAUAUUCGAAUACUAUUAAAUAUCCAGCUCAGAUCGUAUCAUCUUGAUUCUAUACUCAAUAUUUAAAACUUGCAUAAAUAUCUGUUAGUUGCCGGGAUUUAUUAUUGGGAUUGUAAUUUUGAUAAAGGAAAUAAUUUUUCGGGGUUGUCUGUGGCACACAACGACCGUGGGACUGGUAAGGAGUAAAACAAAAUGGUGGCCAAAGACCGUAUAUUUUUACCACUGUAAAAAAGGAAAACUAUUUUGUCAUCCGCAACUAUUUUCCUACAGAGGACCCAAAAAGAAUCUAUUGUGGAGCUCUCUUAGUAAAACACAAGAAAGAAAUGGUCAAAGCAAGACGACAACUAGCUCAAACCGUUGGUCCACAGAAGUGUGAUAAACCAAAGUCAACCUAUAACAUCUGGUAUAAUAAAUACACUGGAGAUCGCCACAAGCCAGGAGAGGCCCGAGAGAAAGCCUCCACGCGUUGUAAGAUCACCACAGAUGCCGGCGAGACUCGAGGAACGAACAGAGACGACGCCGGGAUUUGUCUAAACUUCGCGCGGGGAUGUUGUCCACUCGGGUUUGAAUGUUCAUGGAUUCAUGAGAUACCCGAUGCAAAGUUUAAGGUGAAACAGGAGACAAUGCGCGAUUGCUUCUUUCGAGAAAGGCAUUCAGAAGUCCGUGACGACCAAAGCGGUGUUGGGUCGUUCAAUACCGAUGACGAAGCCUCCCGCACGGUGUAUGUCGGCGGUAUAGCCUGCUCUAAGGAUAUGAAAUCCAUUGUAUAUAAGCAUUUCAGUGAGUGGGGCGAAAUUGAGAAUUUGAGGUUGCUAGAACACAAGGGAGUUGCAUUUGUCAGAUAUAAGCUCCGUGGGAGUGCAGAAUUUGCCAUGGAGGCUAUGCAGAGGCAGUCAUUGGACGAUAACGAAGUCUUGAAUAUUCGAUGGGCGACUAAAGAUCCAAAUCCUUGGGUUGAGAAGAGGAAGCGAAAAGCUGAUGAAAGGAUGUACCUAGAAGCUGCCGGUAAACAAAUUGAUGUGCAUAAUCUACCAAAGAGAUGUCAAACUAGUCACAGUAGCUCAGUAGUGGGAUCUUAUCCAAAUACAGAUUUCCAAUACUCAUCACAUGCCUUGGAUUCGAUACCCACUGGAGUUUGGCAAAAUUCUGAUAUCAGUGAGUUUUCCUUGAGAGGGCACGGUCAGAAUCCUGCUCAGGGAGGACAUCAUGGGGCUGAUGCACGGCCGCAAACUCUUGAAGAGCUUGUCGCAUGGUCCAAGAGGCAAACUGGUGGAAGCACCUCAACAUCUGAGGUGAAAAACUCUAAGAAGACUUCUAAUGAACAAGUCAAAGAUAGGAAUGAUAAGGAAAGUGGACAAUCGGGACUGGCUUCAAUUGUUGGUGCUUAUGAUUCCUUGUCUGAGGAUGAGGCUGAUGAUUAGCUCCAGUUGCUAUUGAUCAUGUUACUAACAAGUCCCUUAUACAAAAUAACCUUAGAUGGGAAGUCCUAAAAGGGUUUUCUGGGUUCUUUUUAAUCCCCAUUCCUGUCUGGCAUUGUUUCUCAAAUUUCAUUCCCGUUUCUGGUAGCUAAAUUACCAUUCCUGAGUCUUAGGUAAAUCUCAGUUUCCUUUCACCCUUUCAAGACCCUGUUUAAAGUUUGAGGCUUAGUGUUUCAUUGUCACUCCUAGUAUUCAGAGGGAUUACAGUAUAUAUUUUGUAAUGGUAUGCAAUGUGAACAUGCCCAUGUAUUCAACCCCUUGCUUUGUAAUGUCUGAGUCUAUCCUAAGAAAAUUCAAGCAUAUAGUGU